AUGACGUUAGCAUUACUUCACAUGUUCAUUAUACUUUCUAUCAAAGAUUAUGAAGGAAGUAAAAACUCUAAUAAAUACGGCACUACAAACAUAGUCGGCUAUGAACAAAGUUGUAACUGUACUACAGUUACAUCAGGCGUCUGCAUGCAAUACUCCUGCUCAUUAUCAGCAAAGAAAGCAAGCUGCUUUUCCGGUUCUAGUGAAAUCACACUUGCUGAUGGUACCACCAAACCGCUAUCUCACAUUCGAAUCGGCGAUAAAGUACUUGUCAAUCAACAUAAUAUUUAUGAACCGAUUUUAUCAUUUAUUCAUGCAAAACCAGAUGGUCUCUUUAGUUUCUUAGCAAUUCAAGUACAAUCAACCAAAUCAAAUUUAUCUUCAACAAUAUUUGUUUCUCCAAAUCAUUUAAUUUUUGAUUUUGAUUCAGGUAAAGCAUUAUUUGCUGGAAAAUUUCGUGUUGGUGAUCGAGUUCAGUUUAUUGAAAAUAAUGAAAUUGUACCUGGUAAAAUUAUAAAUAUUGAAUUAACAAAACAAGAAGGAUAUUAUGCACCAUUAACAUCAUCCGGUAGAAUUGUUGUUAAUGGCGUUGUUGCUUCAAAUUAUGCAACAGUUAGUAAUCAUGAAUUAGCUCAUCAAGUGAUGGGAAUAUAUCGAUGGUGGAUUGAUUUAUUUGGAGGAUCGUUAUUAAAUGAAGAGAUACCAUGGAUGUUACAAAUGAUGUUAUAUGUCGAACAAAUUAUACGAUGGUGUGGUGGAUUGAACUUGUAUGCUCAAUGUGAUCGAAUUAGAAGUCUAGGACAAACAGUGCUGGUGCAGAAACGAAAUAUACCAUUCAACUCAAUCCUUGGCAUUGCUUCCACCAAUGUACCAGCCUAUUCUAAUGGUAAUGAUGAUUACUAUUCUGGUCAAAAAAGCUAUCUUUAUGGUGUCUACAUGGGAGUGAAAUGGCAAUGUGUUGAAUACGCUCGACGAUGGCUUUUCAUUCGAAAAGGUUGUAUAUUUUCAGAUGUUAAGUCGGCAAACGAUAUGUGGCAUGAAUUGUAUUAUGUUAAACGAGUCGUCGACGGCAAAUAUUUUACAUUAAAAACUUAUCCAAAUGGAUCUCCGACAAAACCAAAAAAUGGAUCAUUCAUCAUCUAUGAAAAGAGUUCAAAGUUACCCUUUGGACAUGUAGCUGUCAUUGUUGAUGUCGCACCGAAUUAUGUUCGUGUCGCUGAACAAAACUAUUACUAUGACUAUUGGUACAAUAAUUAUGCUCGAGAAAUUCGAUUGAAAUACACGAAUGAUCGUUAUUAUAUCGAAGAUCGCUUUGGAAUCUAUGGAUGGAUGGAAGUUCAAGAUGAUAAUCAAUUGAAACCAUUAGAUGAAGCAACGAUCAAUAUUAUUUCUGCCCGAAAUGGAGCAUCUGGUUGA